AUGUCCAGCGUCACGCCUCUUGCAGGUCGGCUGUCUCAGAUUUUCACCCCUCGGGUGUAUAUCCUCUUCUCCUGCGCCGUUCUCGCCAUCGGGUUGUUUAUCACGGCGGCUGCGCAGAGUCUCGCAGUGUUCCUCUUAGGACGAGCGGUUAGUGGGUGUGGAGGCGGAGGGUUGAUGGUCACUGCGAUCAUUCUCACUCUUGAUCUCACCAGCAAGAAGCGGCGAGGUUUAUUCAUAGGUCUGAUCAACGUUGGAAUGACAACGGGUGUAUCGUCCGGCGCAGUCCUGGCUGGUCUCUUGACUCCGACUUUUGGAUGGCGUAUCAUCUUCUGGAUCCAAGCGCCGGUAGCGUUGCUUCUCGGUCCGGUCCAGUUUCUGGCUAUCCCUCCUCCCAAAGAGGAUCAACAUGGGUCUUCAUCUGGUCACUCACUACUACGGAAACUGGCUACAGUCGACUAUGCCGGGGCAUUUGCGCUGUCUAACAUUCUAGGCCGCGUCUGUCUUCCUGCUACUCUUCAGUCUGUCUUCUCCAGAGAUCCCGCUCCCACCUCUACUCCUCUGCUUUGUCUUCUUCGCGGCCUUCCUGAUCAUCGAAUCCAAAUAUGCUUCGGAACCAAUCAUCCCGACGGAGGUCCUCAAAACCCGGAGUGUGUUGUUGACCUGCCUCGGAGGAUUGAUCUCAAUGAUGGCCCGCUGGUCGGUCCUUUUCUUCACCCCAGUCUACGCGAUGGUCGUCCGCGACUGGUCCCCGGCCUCAGCCGGGCUGAUCCUCGUGCCCACGAACGCCGGCUUCGGCCUCGAUCCUGCCUAGCAGCUUUCCUGCUGUUCGCCCUCGCCAAUCUCGUCCUGUGCCUUUUGUCCACUCCGUCUUCCCCUGCAGUAGCCUAUCUGGCCACCACCUUCUUGAACGGGCUCUCCGUCGGGGCGUUGAUGAAUUACAGUCUGUCGCAUAUACUCCACCUGACCCACCCAGACGUGCACUAUGUGGUGAGCGCGCUGCUGGGCAUGGCGAGGGGCUUCGCGGGGAGCUUUGGCUCCGCGGCGGGCGGGGGAUUCUUCCAGCGCGAGUUGAAGCAGAACCUCGAGCGGGGAUUCGCGGUGCAUGAUAUCCCGCAGAAAGACGAGUUGGUGCGGAAGCUCCUGGGGAGCCCGGCCUUGGUGAAGACUCUGUCUGGGAUCGAAAGAGCGGUGGCGGUCCAGAGCUAUGAGCAGGCCGUCAAGAUGCUCCUGCUGGGGGGCUGUGUGCUGGCGCUCGUGGCUACUGUUGCCCAAGCGGGAACCGGCUGGACAUCGUAUGCUGAUCGAGAGAAGCGGGAACAAGAAGAUGUGGAGCGAAGCACAUAG